AGGAUUCCUCGUCUCACACAGCAUCUCAUCCAGCACCAGCAGCCAGCAGUUCUACCACAGAACUUGAACUCGAAUCCAGCUGAACAAUUUCUUGGGCUUUGAGGGAGAGAGGUUGAAGAAGGAAGAAGAAGGAGGAGAGCGGGAUGGGCAUCGUGGACGUGGUGUCGGAGUACUGCUCACUGCCGCGGGGUCGGCGGCACAUGAAGAAGCGGAAGCAGUUCCAGACGGUGGAGAUGAAGGUCCGGAUCGACUGCGAGGGCUGCGAGCGCAAGGUCAAGAAGGCCCUCGACGACAUGAAAGGCGUGAGCUCGGUGGAGGUGACGCCGAAGCAGAACAAGGUGACGGUGACGGGGUACGUGGAUCCGGCCAAGGUGAUGCGGCGGGUGGCGUACAAGACCGGCAAGCGGGUGGAGCCGUGGCCCUACGUGCCGUACGACGUGGUGGCGCACCCCUACGCCCCGGGCGCCUACGACAAGCGCGCGCCCGCCGGCUACGUCCGCAACGUCAUGAGCGACCCCUCCGCCGCGCCGCUCGCCAGGGCCUCCUCCACCGAGGCCAGGUACACCGCCGCAUUCAGCGACGAGAACCCCAACGCCUGCUCCGUCAUGUAGUAGUAGUAGUAGUCUUUGUAAUUGUAAGACUCCGGCCGGCGACCUUUUCUAGCUGCUCUGCUCCUCCAUGGCGUCGUUGGGAUAUCUAGAUAGUCUCUGUUGGUGUUUUCUUGUACUAUUUUUUAAACUAGAUUAGAAGAUGAAGAUGGGUCUGUAUUGUUGCUUCGGUUUGGUGUAAGAUAUGUUGGAUUUGGUGAGGAGAAGCUCCAUCAAUCUUGUUGUUUAUGCACAAUGUUCUCAAUCAGAUGGGCGUUGCAUGA